AACAUUACUUUAUAUCAGGGUAAAUAAACAUACCGGAAGUGUGUCUUCUGGCUGCGUCACUUCCGCUCAACGGCGCGAAAACCUUUACGUUCAAGCGGAAGUAAGGAGUGUUGCUCUGGAAAGCAAAAAAGAAAAUGUCUAAGAUAGAUAAAAUGAGCAUCUUGGGUGUGAGGAGCUUUGGGAUUGAGGACAAAGACAAACAGAUCAUCUCUUUCUUUAGUCCUCUGACUGUUCUGGUUGGACCCAACGGAGCUGGGAAAACGACCAUUAUUGAAUGCCUCAAGUAUGCAACAUCAGGAGAACUUCCCCCCAGUUCUAAGGGAGGUGCUUUUGUUCAUGACCCAAAGGAUGCCCAUGAGACAGAAGUGCGAGCUCAAAUUCGACUCCUAUUCACUGAUGUCAACGGGGAAAAAGUCACCAUCCAUCGCUCCAUGUCCUGCACCCAAAAGGCGAAGAACUGCACCUUCAAAAGCUUAGAACAGGUCAUCACAAGAAUGAAAGAUGGUAAGAAAGUGAGCUUGCCCUCUAAGUGCGGUGAGCUGGAUCGGGAAAUGAUUUCUGCUCUAGGCGUUUCCAAGCCUGUGCUGAAUCAUGUCAUCUUUUGCCACCAAGAGGAGUCUAAUUGGCCGCUCAGCGAAGGAAAAGCUCUUAAAGAUAAGUUUGACUCCAUCUUCGCUGCGACCAAGUAUAUCAAAGCUCUGGAGAUUAUGCGCCAACAGCGUCUCAAACAGACACAGACGGUCAAAGAGUGUCAGAUUGAGCUGCGCUACCUGAAGCAAAACAAAGAGAAAGCACAGCAAAUUAGAGACAUCGUGGCCACGAAGGAGUCUCAGCUAAUAUCAUCGAAGAGCAACAUCCAGCAGAUCGAUGGCCAGAUUGAGCCACUCGAGAAUCGACUUAUUGAUAUCGACACAAAAUUUGGGAUGGUGAUGAAGCUGGACAAUGACAUAAAGGCGUUAGACAGCAGGAAGAAACAAAUGGAGGAGGACAACAAGGAGCUGGAGGAGAAAAUGGAACAAGUGUUCCAGGGUUCUGAUGAGGAACUGCAAGAUGUUUACCAGAACCACCAGAGGACGGUGAGGGAGAAGGAGCGGAGGCUGACGGACUAUCAGAGAGAUCUGGAGAGAGCUGGUCGAGAGUGUCAGAGACUCAACCGAGUCAGGGCCGAUCUGUUGGUAGAGCAAGGUCGUCUGCAGUUGGAAGCUGACCGCCACGCUCAAAACAUCAAGAAUCGCGAUGCUCAUGUUCGCUCUCUGUCAUCCUACCUGGAAAUGGAGGGUUACGAUCGUCUGCCAUUCACCUCUCUGCAGCUCGAGAGCUUCCAUCGACACGUCUCACAGAGACUCGAGCAGGAAAGAGAAACACUCAGACAGAUCAUGGAUGAUUUGCAGGAAAAGGAGCAACAGAAACAACAAUCUAUGGAUGAAAUGAGGGAUAAGAAGACCGGCCUGGAGAGAACCGUAGAGCUGAAGAGAGACAUGCAGGGGAAGAAGCAGCAGGAACUGAGAAACAUAAGGGCUGACCUGCAGAGGCUCGAGGGUUCGUCCAGUCGGCUGCAGGAGCUUGAAAACGAGCUGACUAAGCUGGAGCGCGAGUUGCAGCAGGCGGUCAGGAGCUCCAGUGUGGAGGAGCUGAGGACCGAUAUUGAAGAACUCCAAAAAGUAAAAGCAGACCUGGAUCGUACGCAGAAGCAGCUCGACCAAGAGAUGCAGAAUCUCAACGCACACACGACUGCACGCACGCAGAUGGACAUGUUAAAAAAGGAUGAAGCAGAAAAAGAGGAACAGAUACGGAAAAUCAAAUCUCGCCACGGUGAUGAUCUGGUGUCCCUCCUUGGACACUUUCCCAACAAGAGAGAGCUGGAAGAUUGGAUCUAUUCCAAGUCAAAGGAAAUCAACAGCACCAGGGACCGACUUGGAAAACUCAACAAGGAUUUGGCAUCAAGUGAGCAGAAAAAAAGCCAUAUUGCUGCUGAGCUGCGUAAGAAGGAGCAACAGCUGAUGAGCGAUGAAGAGAGGUUCUUCAGUGUGUGCGGGAGUCAGGAUCUGGAACAGGACCUGGGAAAACUGCAGGAAGACCUGGAGAAGAUCUCCAAACAGAGAGCCAUGUUAGCGGGAGCCACAGCAGUUUACUCCCAGUUCAUCAGUCAGCUAACGGAGGAGCGGGCGCCCUGUUGCCCCGUGUGCCAGCGAACGUUUCCCUCAGAGUCCGAUCUGCAAGAAGUCAUCAACGACAUGCAGUCGAAGCUACGCCUGGUUCCAGACAAACUGAAGAACACAGAGCAGGACCUGAAGAGAAAGGAGAAGAAGAAAGAUGAGAUGAUGGCUCUCAGACCUGUCAGACAGUCCAUUGUCCAGUUUCAGGAAAAGGAGCUACCUGAGCUAAGGAACCGUCUUCAGAUUGUCAACAGAGACAUCGAGAAGCUCAAGGCUGAUGUGGAGGAACAGGAGACUCUGCAGGGGACUUUGAUGUCUGAGGAGGAAACGGCGAAGGCCUGCCUCCCAGACGUCUCUCUCAUGGACAGAUACCAGAUGGACCUAAAAGAGUUGGAGAGAAAAAUAGCCCAGCAGGCAACCAAACUCCAGGGAGUAGACCUGACCAGAACCAUCCAACAAGUCAGUCAGGAGAAACAAGAAACUCAGCACAAACUGGACACAACUUCAAGCAAAAUGGAGCUGAAGCAUAAACUGAUCCAGGGUCAGCAGGAUCAGAUUCAGAAGCUGAAAAGUGAAGUAAACGAGACGAGGGCUGAGAAGCUUCAGCUCAGCAGCAACAUGCAGAAACGGCAGCAACUGGAGCAGCAGAGUGUGGAGUUCACCACAGAGAUUCAGGCCCUGACCAGGGACAUCAGGGAGGCAAAAGAACAACUUUCACCUCUGUCUGCAACUCUGGAGAAACUGCAGCAGGAGAAGCAGGAGCUGAUGGAGCGCAGGAGACAGAAACAAGAAGAAGGACAGGAGAAGAUCAAUGCCAUCAAAGAGAAAGUCAAAACAAUCACUGCAUUCGAACGUGACAUCACUAAAUACACAGAAGAAGGGAAGCAUGAAUAUAAAGAGCAAAAAGAAGCUGAACUUCAGGAGACCAACACUCAGUUCCACGAAGCUGAGAAGCAGAAAGAGAAGAUUAACAAGGACAUGGGGAACAUCCGCCAGGACGUCGACACUCAGAAGAUCCAAGAGCGUUGGCUGCAGGACAAUCUGACUCUGAGGAAGCGUGUUGAGGAGUUGAAGGAGGUUGUUGCCAAACGCGAAUCCCGGAUGAAAGAAAUGGGAAACAUGCAAGUUUUGCAGCUGCGCCAAGAACGCCGUGAUGCCGAACACAAGUUAGAGGAUUUGAAAAAGAACCGCAGCAUUGCACUGGGUCGCCAGAAAGGCUUUGAGGAGGAGAUCAUUCAGUACAGAAAAGAGUUGCGUGAGGAGCAGUACAGCAAAGCUGAUGAGCACUACAAAGACAAGAUGAUCAUAAUGAGGACCACGGAGUUGGUCAUUAAAGACUUGGACCUGUACUACAAAGCUCUUGAUCAAACCAUCAUGAAGUUCCACUGCAUGAAGAUGGAUGAAAUAAAUAAAAUUAUUAGAGACUUGUGGCGCAGCACUUACAGGGGCCAAGACAUUGAGUAUGUGGAGAUCAGGUCAGAUGUGGAUGAGAACUCGUCUGCUGGGGUGAAGCGGCGGGUUUACAACUAUAGAGUGGUUAUGGUGAAGGGCGACACCGCUCUGGAUAUGAGAGGACGCUGCAGCGCUGGUCAGAAGGUGUUGGCGUCCCUGAUCAUCCGCCUCGCUCUGGCAGAGACUUUCUGUCUGAACUGUGGGAUCCUGGCUCUGGAUGAGCCCACCACCAACCUGGACCGGGAGAACAUCGAGUCACUGGCUCAUGCUCUAGUAGAGAUCAUUAAAAGUCGCUCUCGUCAGCGUAACUUCCAGCUGCUCAUCAUCACCCACGACGAGGACUUUGUGGAGCUUCUGGGUCGCUCUAGCUACAUCGAACACUUCUACCGUAUCCGUAAGAACCAGGAUCAGAACUCUGAAAUCACCAAGUGCAGCAUCUCCUCCCUCUCUUCCUAUCUCCACUAAGCAAUCAAAUUAAUCUUUAAUUCAGAUACGCUCAGAAAAGCUUUCUUUAUAUUUCAGUUAUGGGAAGAGUUCGUAUUUACACAAAUGAGUAACUGUAAAGGAGAUCAUUCUGAUAUUACUUAGAAAGGAACACCCAAGGCAGAUGAAUGCAAUUCUCUCAUUCUCUUCUCUUAAACCUGCAUAAAAUAUAUAUCUAGAUAAAUGUUCUUACAUACAAAAGUGUCUUUAUGUUAUAUUUUAAGAUGUUUACCAAACCUGCAGUGCCUCAAGUUCUUUACGAUGGGCGCAUCUGGCUUUAAAAUGUUGGUCAUUGCUGUUUAAAUUUUGUUCUGUUAUUAAAUCUUUCCUGAAGCUCUGA